AUGGGUUCCAUUGCACCAGAACUCGAGCAGGAAUGGACCUCUCCUGUUGCACUCAACGGAAGGGCGAAGGCCCGGUCAAACUUUGGACGAGCGAAGAUUGAUGACGCGUUCUGGACCCCUCGGAUCAAGGCCAACCAAGAGGUGACCAUCCCGACUAUGUACAAACAGUUGAAAGAAAGCCCUAGAUGGGACUCUCUGAAGCACACUUGGAAACACGGAGAUCCCCAACAUCUUCGACCUCACAUGGAUUGGGACUCGGACGUGGCCAAGUUCGUGGAAGCCGUCUGUUGCGCAUUGAAGUGGAUUCCGGUCAAAGACCCUCAGCACGCUACGUUUGAGUCCUGGGUGGAUGACGCUAUCGACAUGAUAGAAGCAGCUCAAGGCCCAGAUGGGUACAUCAACACCUACCAUACGGUCGUGGCACCCGAAGCCCGCUGGACCAAUGUCGCGCACAACAUCGAGCUGUACGAUGCCGGCCACCUCCUUGAAGCUGCCAUCACUCACUAUGAGGUGACGAAGUCGACCCGUUUCCUCGAUAUAAUGACACGCUACGUGGACUACAUUUGCACGAUCUUCGGGCCUGAGCCGGGCAAAAUCCACGGCUACCCAGGCCACCAGGAGAUCGAACUGGCCCUUCUUAGGAUGUACCGUGUCCGCCCCGAACAAAGAUAUCUUGACCUUGCGGACUAUUUUAUCGAACAGCGAGGAUACCGACAGGGUGAAUUUUUCGACAUGGAGGCGCGAGCGCGAGGUGAUGACCCAGAAACUUGGAUCCCUCCACCUCCACCGGGUGUGACAAUUCCGUAUUUCACGGGACCUAGAGCGUACUGGUACAUGCAAGCCGACGAACAAAUCCGAGAGACUCAAAAGGUUCGCGGCCACAGCGUCCGCGUCACGUACUAUCUGUCCGCCGUUCAGGAUUUGGCAUCCCUCAAAGGCGACAAAUCGCUAGAUGCAGCAGUGGACCGGUUAUUCGACAAUAUGGUCGACUGCCAUCUUUAUGUUCACGGGGGCAUCGGGGCCAUCCAUCAGUGGGAAGGCUUCGGCGAGAACUACGAGCUUCCUCUCGACGGGUACGCAGAGACUUGUGCAUCCAUCGGCAUUCUCUUCCUUGGCAAGCGUAUGUUGCAGAGGCGGCUUUCACGCAAAAUCGCCCUGACCAUGGAAAGAGCGCUGUAUAACGAUGUCCUCGCCGGAGUCUCGCUGGACGGGACGAGUUUCUUUUAUGACCAACCCCUCGCAACGGAUUGCUCGGUGCGCCAUACUUGGUUCGAAGUAUGCUGCUGCCCGCCGAAUUUGUCACGGUUCUUGAACUCGCUGGAGGAGUAUGUGUUUACGGUUGGGGACCAAAACAUCGCGCUGAACUUGUACAUCGGAUCUGAGUACAAGAGCGAUGACGGAGAGCUGCAUGUUAAGGUCGUUACGAGGUAUCCCUGGGAAGGCUACGUGGAAGUUUCCAUCCAGUCCGGACAGAGGGAGGUCGGCUUUGCCGUUCGGGAGCCUGAGCAGGCUUAUACCCUCUCCGCCUCUAUUGAGGGUUCGGCCAAGGAUGGAUACAUACACUUUGGUCCGAAGCGGUGGAACGAGACGAUCACACUGUCCUUCAAUGUCGCUCCGAAACUGGUCAGAUCGAAUCCGCUUGUGCAGGCCACGCAGGGUAUGGUGGCUGUGGAGCGGGGGCCGCUGCUUUACUGUCUGGAGAGCAUGGACACGACACAGCCCCUGGACUCAGUAACCAUUGACCUUCGCGACGAAUUCGAGGAAGCGAAGAUGCAAAUUGCAGAUGUUGAAGUCGUCGGGCUACAAGCGAAAGACUUCCGAAUGGUGCCGUACUUCGCUUGUUCGAACCGAAGGACGGGCGAGGGUUUGAGGGUCUGGUUGAAAUGCAGUCAAGUUUCAAAUUAG